CAGGUCAUGUGACAUGUUUCCUGAUAAAUAGAAUGAAAACACAGUCAGGGUUCAACGCAACAGAGAAGCAGCGAUGACACCGACCGUUCAAGGACUGAUGUUGGGGAGCCUGAUGCUCGUCUCCCUGUGCGUCGGUGCAGCUGCCAUGUUGGACAGCCGGCUGGACAACCACUGGGAGCUGUGGAAGAAGACACAAGAGAAAGAGUACCGAAACGAGGUGGAGGAUGUGCGCCGCAGGGAAUUGUGGGAGAAAAACCUGAUGCUCAUUACGAUGCACAACCUGGAGGCCUCGAUGGGGCUUCACACCUACGACCUGAGCAUGAACCACAUGGGAGACUUGACGCAGGAGGAGAUGCUGCAGUCUUACGCCACACUCACUCCCCCCACCGGCAUCCAGAGGGCAGCGUCGGCCUUCGUGGGGACGUCGGGCGCCAACGCACCCGACAGCAUGGACUGGAGAGAGAAGGGCUGCGUCACCAGCGUCAAGAUGCAGGGUUCUUGUGGCUCCUGCUGGGCCUUCAGUGCUGCGGGGGCCUUGGAGGGCCAGUUAGCCAAGACUACUGGGAAGCUGGUGGACCUCAGCCCCCAAAACCUGGUGGACUGCUCGAGCAAAUACGGCAACCACGGCUGCAACGGUGGCUUCAUGCACCAAGCCUUCCUGUACGUCAGGGACAACCAGGGCAUCGACUCGGAUGCUUCGUACCCGUAUGUAGGACUGUCUCAGCAGUGCCACUACAACGCCGCGUACCGCGCCGCAAACUGCUCCGGGUACGCCUUCCUGCCUGAAGGGGACGAGGGGUCUCUGAAGGAUGCGCUCGCCACCAUUGGACCCAUUUCGGUGGCGAUUGACGCCACACGGCCCACCUUCGCCUUCUUCAGGAGUGGAGUCUACAAUGACGCGAGCUGCACCCAGAAGGUGAACCAUGGCGUGUUAGCUGUGGGCUACGGCACACUGGGAGGAGUGGACUACUGGCUGGUAAAGAACAGCUGGGGAAAAAAAUUUGGAGACCAGGGCUUCAUCCGUAUGGCACGCAACAAGAACAACCAGUGUGGCAUCGCUCUGUUCGGCUGCUACCCCACCAUGUAGCUGCAGAGGGACUGAAUUAAACCUGCUGCAGAUUAAGUUCCUUUCUCUUUUAUGUAUACAGUAUAUAAACAGUUGGAUUCCACAUUGAUUAAUCCAUUGUUUUACAUGUUUGUUUUUAUAAGGCUUUAAUGCACCUUUUAUUUAGGACAAAAGCCAAAUCUUUAAAUACUAAAGUUAUCGAACUUAAGCAAAACUUGACUGUGUGUUUGUUUGUAACUGACUCUGUGUUUGUAUAUGUGUGUUUGAAUCUGUAAUAAAGGGACAGUUGUACUAAUAUCUGGC